CUUCGGCCAAUUCAAUUCCCGACCGAGCUGGGUCGAAGCUGGAAAAACUUGCUCGGUUGGGCUUCUGCCUUUUUUUUUCGCUUUCACCAGAGACUUUUUUUUACCCUCCAUCUUGUGUACCCCCCGAACGCACGCCAUCUAUCUAUUCGACUAAGCGAUCUUUCAUAAAUCACCUUCAUCGUCAUGCUCACCGUCAGAGACAUUCCUCCUCUUGACGAUGACGAAGCAGGUUGCAAACUGCUCGUUCCAUUCUCGCUCUUUAUCCAACUGUGUCUCGCCGGAGCCGCGUUCUCCACACUUAUCAUUAAACGCCAACGAGAAAGCCCGCAACGGCCUGUACGGAUAUGGGCUUUUGAUGUGAGCAAACAGUUGGUAGGCGGCCUUGUUAUUCAUACUCUCAACGUACUGGCAUCGUACAUCUCUGGCUCCGAAGAAAGACCCUCCAAUCCGUGUGUAUGGUACUUUUUACAUAUCCUGGUGGAUACGACGUUUGGCGUGGGGGUUAUUUGGGCGAUCUUGAAAAUGGUGAAAAUCAUUACCAAGCGGUUCCACUUGUCAGGAUUUGAAAGUGGUGUUUAUGGCGAUCCACCACUGUGGAGACAGUCGAGACGCUGGUUCAAGCAACUGUUGGUAUAUAUCAUGGCAUUGAUCAUGAUGAAGGUGGUGGUUAUGACACUGUUUGUGGUGUGUCCUUGGAUCGAGAAUCUCGGCAAGUGGGCGCUUCAUUGGACUUUGGGCAACUAUAAGCUGCAAGUUGUCUUUGUCAUGCUAAUUUUUCCCUUGGUCAUGAAUAUCGUCCAGUUCUGGAUUGUCGAUGUCAUUGUGAAACACAAGGUGGAUCAUUUUAUUCGCUUACCAGCCGACGAUGACGAUCAGGAUGUGCUCAUCCCUAUUGAAGACGAGGACGACGACGUCAAUCACAAUGACAACAAUCACCAUGUUUCUGACACGGUUGGUCACAGCAAUACCGGGUCACGGCUACGUCGAUUGUCGUCGGGCACGGCCGCUUCAAUCAAGUCAGCCGCGAGCGGAUUCUAUCGUCAAAACUCCACUUCCACGGCGCCUGUUCCGUGGAUCGAAGAUCAAUAUGCCAACGUAUGGAACGAAUCCGAUUCUCAUCUACCAUCGCACAACGAUUUAUCGUCUCCCACAUUACAAAAAUCGCUUUCAGAUGAAAGUCUGUACGAACUACGUACAAGCAACAACCAUGUACCCUAAAACCUAUUUCGCUAUGUCAUGUAUUUAUUCCAACUCUCUUUUACUUCCAACUCAAUUUGUAAUUUAGUCAAAAACUCCUCUUGCUUUUCUUUCUUCCUCUUUACGGGUUGCUUUCGUUUCCCGGCUUGUUCUCCUCCACCUAACCCCUAUCACCUUUCCAGCGUUUCUACCCUCUAAACCCGUGUCAUCCGCCACUUUUUGAUAAUAGUAUAACAAAUACCUUCAUCACCUCUUCAAUAAGAAAUAUCAAACAAAAAGGAAAAAGCUCGAGACUUUUUUUUUUUUUUUUUUUACAUCAUGAUCAAAAGUCAAUGUUUUUUUUUCUUACAAAAGAAUGUCUUCUUUUUCC